CACACUCGUUCAUCCUCCCCGCAUCCCUCGCAGCCUCACCCACAAAAUGGAGGACACAACACCCGCCGGAAAGCCCAUCAUUGACAGGGAAAAGACCGCUCCGUUUCUCAUACGCACAUUCAUCAAAAUUGGGACGUUCCACCGCUUGCAGCAGUUCGAGGAGGGCCCAAUCCCUAUCGCAGACGAGCAGGAGAUAUAUACUUGGAAAGACGCGACUCUCCGAGAAGUCUUGACCUCGCUCCGCUCGUCCGCCCCCAAUACCCCCGAAUACCGCCAUCCUCUGGCACGCUACUCCUUCCGUGCCGUUUUUGCAGACGCUGCGGCACGUGGCCGCUUCUCCCAAAAGGAGCUCGGCACCGUGUACUCCCGCGACAUCCUCGGCGAGCCAGGUGCGCUCAACCAAACUGCGCCGCGCCUCUUGGAAGACACCGAGGCGGAAUCGAGCCAAAACGCGGAGCAAGACCGCACCUUGGACGAGCUCCGCUUUGUUCCUGGCGACUAUUUGUCUGUCGCAGUGCACCUCCCGAAGGGUGUAACGGUCCCCACUGGGCCCGGCGGUGAGCUGGCCAUCAAGGGUAGCGCAGUCAACGCGGGGCCUGCGGCAGGUGCGCCAAACGGCUGGAAAGGUGCUGGUGGAGGUGUACGCGGCGACGGUGGGUGGGGUGGCAACUUGUCCGCAGCGCCGGGCCCGGGUGCUGGUCUUGGACGCGGCGGCGGAGGUGGGCACUGGAGAGGGAACUCAGGUCCUGAAGCUGCGGUACCUCGCGGGGCGCGGGGCGGCCGUGGCGGAGGCGACUUCGGUGGUGGCAGGGACAGAGACGACAGGCGGGUGCCGCCUCCUCGGAGAGAUGAACCGUCACGCCGAGAGGGAUGGGGAAGACGAGGUGUUUCGCGCUCGAGGAGUCCGCCGAGGAGGCGCGGCCGGUACGAUUGAGCCAUGUUCACGCGUUGUGCUGAUGUUCUUCUGUUUGCCAGCGUAUCUCCGCGUGGUGUCUUCGAUAGUGCUUGAAUCUAUGUGCGUUUUAC